ACCCUGCUUCUCUCUCUCCCUCUUUGUCUGUCUUUGUGCCACAGAGUUGCUCUCUCUGCUCAAUGUAGUCAGGUUGGGUGGUAAGAGGGGAAUGUAUAGCAGAGACGAUGGGUCUUACAGAGUGUGGGAGAUGAGAGUGUGAGGGUUUUUUUAGGAACAAGAGUGCGGAGCACGAGUGUGUGUGUGUGUGUAUGUGUGUGUGUGUGUGAAUAUCCGUGGGGGUGAGCUUCUCCUGUGUCACAUUCCAGCUUCCAGGGCUCGAUCCCUGCCUGCUGAGAGACUUGGACCUGGAAAACUUUGGAAAAUCAUUCUUGGAAAACUGUGAUUGGAAGCUUGAAAGUCUUUUAAAACCAUCCCUAUAUCUCUUUGUGACUUCACAUUGUUGCUGUAGGAGUGACUCCCCUUCUGCUGCUGUUGUUUUUGGGUCUUUGGAUAGUGGUCUCACUGGAGCCACGCUGAUGCUCUCCGGACUACUACGGCAGAGGAGAGGAGGGGAGAGAACAUGGAACUUUAAACGUGUUUCGUUGGAAGGGAUUUAUAAUCUGGAUCAUGGAAAUUGACAGAGAAGACUGCUGUUCUGUUCUCGGCUGAGGGGACCAGUGCAUAUUUCAUAGAAGACAGAAGAGAGAACCCAGUACAGACGUUAUGGAAGGGGGUAGCCAGAAAUUGUUUCCAUAAAACCAUACAGAAUUAAAGACCACAGUCAGCAAAGUCUGACUUAUACACAGAAGAUAUGAGCCUUGGCCUCUCUCAUGCCAGAGAGAGACAGUUAGUGACAUCAUCAUGAAUGCCCCGCCCACAGGAAGCCCCAGCCAAAAUAUGGAGGUGAAGGUGGUCUCCCAGGAGAUGGCUUUGUUUAGCAACGCCCUGGCAGCCUACACCUUCAUAGCAGACCAGCCUGAGCGAGUAACUCUGGUGUUUGUUAGUGGUGUGUGUGUGGGUCUCCUCCUCACCCUCUGUGCCCUCGUGGUCCAGAUACACUGUCGCACUGACUGUCACUACAGUAACCGACGACGACAUCACCAUCAGCAUAGCAACAGGCAUCACCACCAUCACCAUGGGGACCAUCCCUGUCACCACCAUCCCCAACCUGGCAACCCUAACACAAGCAAUCCCGGCGUAACCACAGAGACGAGCAGAGACAGCGAAUCAGUGGAGUGGGACGACGGGACUUCUGACCUAUCGGCUCGACGACGGAGGCGAUUUGAGAGAACGCUGCUGCACACUAGCAUGUUCACAUCCAUAGAAGAGUUGGAGCGAGCUCAGAGGGUUGAGGAGAGAGAGAGGAUCAUACAAGAGAUCUGGAUGAACGGACAUCCCGACGUCAACACUGUCACACGCAGCCUCAACCGAUACUACUGACAGGGACAGAGAAAACAGGGCGAAAAGGAGAUGGAUAGACAGACAAACGGACAAAGAGGAAGGAUAAUAUACACUUUCAGACAAGGUCGCAUCGAGAGGCUCGUGAAGCACAGGUGUGAACAGGACUGUUAGCCAGGGUGAGUGGGUACAAUGACACUUUUAGAUCUGUGAUGAGGAGAAUGCCUCCUGAUUGUGGCCCAGGAUGGUUCCUCCAGGGUCAGACCCCUUUCGAAUACUGAGGUGGAUGAUGUCACCACCUAGUGGACACCAUCCCCAUCACCGUUGACAAAGGCCCACAAUUCACCUCUGUGGAAAACUCUGAUUUCCUAGCCGAACGUACCGCACUACGUUGUACCUGACUGGCACGGUCAUACAUAGCACGGUUCACUACCAGGACAAGGACCACAGAGAAAACCUGUUAACUAAAACAUUUAAUGUUUGCCUUCACUCAAUCUUAAUGUGUAUUUAAUUGAUCCACUCUUGUCUUUUGAAAAUAAAUUCAUUUUUAUAAAAUAGAAAAACUUUGUUUGUCUCGGGGAUGCUUUUAAGGGUUGUUGCAGGGGAAAAUGUUGUUUUGUAUUUUUAAGAUGGAGCAACAAUCAUUCCUCAGAGAGACUGUGACUAUAAAACUAUAUGUGUUUGGUUGUCAGCAGAGGAGUAUUAAUUAGGGACCCUUAGUCACGACAGACAGAGGCAGUGCUCCAAUCCAAUCCAGUCAGCUCCUGAGUAGUUCCCUUCAGUCCACCUAUAGCCCUUCAGAAAGAUAGAUGGAGACACCA